GGGGGGGACUUGACUCCUUAUUUGAUCUCGCUUUCGCGUCCCUUGCUCAUCAACCUGGGCGGGGGUUACAGUCCGCCCGGCCACGUGAUGAAACCCCUUCAACUUCUCAGGGAAGCUGCUGUGACUAUUGCUAGGACAAUUCCGUGCAUUGUAAUCUUAAAUCUGUGCGAGAAAAGAAUCACUUGCUCGCUACGCGUACGCUGGCCAGAAGCGGACGCAAAGUGAAGCGAGAGGUGGUCGCGUCGCGUCAUACCGACCGUCGACGGUGCGCGCGGAGUGCCACGACGGCGGAUGACUGGCAACGUGGAGGUAUAUCGGGUUGCACGAUAUGUCCACACAUACAUACAUACAUACAUACAUACAUACCGGCCUAGCUUCUUCGACCGAAAGCUAGGACGGCCAAAAAAAAAGAAAAAGUACAUUUCAUAUCCGCGCGCCCCCUUUUCCCGUUUCUCUCUCACGACUACUGCUCCUCGCUGCGACCACGCGGGCGGCCCAGUUCCAGUUCCACUACUCGCGCCACACACACACACGCACACAUGUCCCGCAGCGCAGCAUCCGGAAAUCCCACGCGGCGACAGCAGGCUAGCGCCCUUCGCCGACGAAUCGCGCGCGCGACGUUCCCCCUGGUCGGGUUCUAGAAAUAGGACCGGGCCACCUGGCUCUCUCUCUCUCUCUCUCUCUCUCUCUCUCUGUCCUUCCGAAACGAGGAGGAGGGGCCCUAUAGGCGCGCUAUGCAUGUCUUACCUGCGUUGCCGUUCCCAGGCCGCGGCGGCGGCGGCCUCUCGUUCGUCAGUCGCCUUCGCAGCCCUGCUUACAGCUGUCGUCGUUCGGUUCGUUCGUCCGCCCGCGCGCGACGGCGAGGCAGGUCUGGCACCCCCGCCGGCCGCGCCAUGCAUGCAUGCACGCGCGGCGUCGUGACACGUUCGGCGGCGAUCUCGUAGUAACUCGUACGAGAUCGCCACACGCGCGCGCCCUCACCCUCGCCGCCCCCUUCCCUCUUCGCACCAUCUCUUUCCCUCCCCUCUCCUCCCUUUGCCCCUCUUCUGUGUCUUCACUCCCUUGCUUGACUCCCUUUCUACUUUAUUUUUUUUUUUAUGUUAAUAAUCUCCCAACCCACCAC